CUUUCUCUACUUCUAGUGCCUCAUUGCACAGUACUGUGAUCUGACACUGUAAGGCCUAGAAUAACGGUAAUGUUAUGAAAAUACUUAUUUUUUAAUUUGACUGCUGCUAAACUUUGUUUAAAAUCUAGUCUCUCAAAAAUGGAUGAGCAGAAUAUCUUCAGAAGGGAAUUAGUGGAUGUUCAAGGUGUCCCUGUCUUCUGGGGCAUGGCUGAAGAGUGGUCUCAGGUGGAAACUUUUGAGGCACGGCCAGAUGACCUGUUAAUAGCCACCUAUCCCAAAUCUGGAACAACCUGGCUCAGUGAAAUAGUGGAUCUGAUCUAUAACAAUGGAGAUACCGAAAAAUGUAAACGAGAUGCAAUAUACAACCGAGUGCCUUUCAUGGAAUUUAUAAUCCCUGGAAUCUCAAGUGGUAUUGAGCAGUUGCAAAAUGUGCAGUCUCCUCGACUAGUGAAGACACACCUCCCUGUUCAGCUUCUUCCUUCAUCAUUUUGGAAGAAUAACUGCAAGAUGAUCUAUGUGGCACGAAAUGCCAAAGAUGUGGCUGUAUCUUACUAUUAUUUCUACCAGAUGGCAAAAAUACACCCAGACCCUGGCACCUGGGAGGAGUUCUUGGAAAGCUUCAUGGCUGGAAAGGUGUGUUUUGGUUCCUGGUAUGACCAUGUGAAAGGUUGGUGGGAGAAAAAGAAAGAUUAUCAUAUCCUUUACCUGUUUUAUGAGGACAUGAAAGAGAAUCCAAAGUGUGAAAUUCAGAAGUUGUUAAAAUUUCUAGAGAAAGACAUGCCAGAAGAAACUGUGGCUAAAAUCGUCCAUCAUACAUCUUUUGAUGUGAUGAAGCAGAAUCCUAGUGCAAAUUAUACCACUCUGGAUAAUGGUGAGAUGGACCAUUCUGUGUCUCCUUUCAUGAGAAAAGGUAUUUCAGGAGACUGGAAGAAUAAAUUCACUGUAGCCCAAUAUGAGCGAUUUGAAGAAGACUAUAAAAACAAAAUGAAAGGGUCUACACUGAAGUUUCGAUCGGAGAUCUAAGAAAUACCUGCAUUUUCUUCAUCUCCUUUAAAUAGCACCUAAACUAAAUGAAAGCAAAAAAAUUCUUCAAACAUUUAAUGAAAGAAAAUUCUGUAUGUGAGAUUCUCUUAUUUACUUAGAUCACUUGUUUGUAAUAGAUCUUCAAAAUCUAUAUAGGAAAAACCAACACGAUCUCCAUAAUUUUUAACUAUCUUUUAUUAGUUAAAUUUUUAAUUAUUAAUAAAACAGUUGUGCUUUUACUAAUUUUAAAAAUUAAAACAAAAUGAAUUUAAAAUCUACACAGUUAUCUGCUCCUUAUUUAAAGUUUAAGUUUUAUAUCAUGGUUCUUAUGAAGAAGAAAUCUAGGAAAAUACUAAGAUGAAAGAAACUAAAAAAUCCCCCUUUGGUUUCUCUGUUACACACUAGAAUGAUACUAAUGUCAUAUAAGGUCAAUGAUAUUUUUGUGCAAGAAGUUCGCUGAAAUUUAUUGCCUUAGAAUGUUUUUCUACAGAUUAAAAUUUGGAUGUUUUUUAAUUAUA